UCCACAGCACCGUAUAUCUCGCUUUCCUUCCUUCCAGCUCCAUCAAUUGAACCAUUAAUUCCUUCCUUCUUCGAUUCGGGCAGCUAGCUACUCCAUCUGCCACAGUUACUACACAGUACGAUUGUUUCGCACGAGCCAUUAGCUAGGUAGGUAGCAAGCAGAUCGGCUAGCCAGCAAUGGAGAGGCCGGCCGGUGGUGGCAGCGGCGACGACGACAAGACGGUUCCUCUUCUGGCGAACAAGCAAGACGAAGAAGAUGUUAGAUCGGUGGGGGUGGGGCGGCGAGUGGUGGAGGAGAACAAGAAGCUGUGGGUGGUGGCGGCUCCUUCCAUCUGCGCCCGCUUCUCCACCUUCGGCGUCACCGUCAUCAGCCAGGCCUUCGUCGGCCACAUCAGCCCCACCGACCUCGCCGCCUACGCCCUCGUCUCCACCCUCCUCAUGCGCUUCAGCACUGGCAUCCUCCUAGGCAUGGCAAGCGCAUUGGAAACAUUGUGUGGGCAAUCGUAUGGCGCCAAGCAGUACCACAUGUUAGGGAUCUACCUACAGCGCUCAUGGAUAAUCCUAUUCGGUUGUGCAGUUGUCCUUCUUCCAAUCUACCUCUUCACCACUCCACUUCUAAUCGCCCUUGGGCAGGAUCCUGAGAUCUCUGCCGUGGCUGGCAUCAUCUCCCGAUGGUACAUCCCUAUUAUGUUUUCCUACGUCUGGGCCUUUACACUCCAAAUGUACCUACAAGCACAGAGCAAGAACAUGAUUGUUACCUACCUCGCCUUUCUCAAUCUUGGGCUUCACCUCUUCCUGUCAUGGCUUCUAACAAUCAAGUUCCACCUUGGCUUGACUGGGGUCAUGGGCUCCAUGGUCAUUGCCUAUUGGAUCCCCGUAUUUGGCCAACUCACCUUUGUCUUCUUUGGGGGUUGUCCACUAACAUGGACAGGGUUCUCGUAUGCUGCUUUUACUGAUCUAAGUGAUAUUGUCAAGCUUUCGCUAUCAUCUGGAGUGAUGCUUUGUUUGGAAUUAUGGUACAACACCAUAUUGGUUCUCCUCACCGGUUAUAUGAAGAAUGCGGAGGUUGCUCUUGAUGCUCUUUCAAUAUGCCUUAACAUCAAUGGGUGGGAGAUGAUGAUUUCUCUUGGAUUUUUGGCUGCAACUGGAGUGCGGGUGGCAAAUGAACUUGGAGCUGGUAGUGCAAGAAGGGCCAAGUUUGCCAUUUUCAAUGUGGUCACUAUUUCUUUCUGUAUAGGAUUUGUGUUGUUUGUGCUCUUCCUUUUCUUUCGUGGAAGCCUGGCAUACAUAUUUACUGAAAGUCGAGCAGUAGCAGAUGCCGUCGCUGAUCUUUCUCCCCUUCUAGCUUUCUCAAUUUUGUUGAAUAGUAUUCAACCAGUGCUCUCAGGUGUCGCUAUUGGAUCGGGUUGGCAAAGUGUAGUUGCCUAUGUCAAUGUUACAUCAUACUACUUAAUCGGUAUUCCUCUUGGCAUGAUACUAGGCUAUGUCAUAGGUUUCCAAGUAAAGGGAAUUUGGAUUGGUAUGCUUCUUGGAACGCUAGUCCAAACUCUUGUACUUCUAUUCAUGACACUAAGGACUGACUGGCAAAAACAGGUACAAAUUGCUCGAGAGAGAGUAAAUAGGUGGUACAUGGAGGAGAAUGGAAGAUCACAAAAUUCGAGGGGAAAUCCAUGAUCUCUUUUGCACACUCAUAAUGAACUAUGACAAUUUAUGAAUCAUCUCAUUGAAAUGGGAUUGUGCUAUGAAUAUAAGAUCCUUCAAGCUCACCUCAUCCAUCAAUGGACCAAAUGUUAUUGAAAGAAUCUUACAUAUGUGCCCAUCAUCGUAUUCUUUUUACCAAGUCAUUAAUUGUAUAUGCUAGCAUAUGCUGCUUGAUGAACAUAUUGAGUUUUAUUAACUUUUUUAGAGUAAAUUGUACAAAACCUUGGACACAUUGCUGAUUUGAUCCUAUAAUGUUGUCUAUACCUACUGAUGAUCGAUAUG